ACCAAAAUCGUCAACAAGGACAACAAGCUUGCAUGGUUUUACCAAACCACCAAGUAUAAGGCUGGUACUCUUCCUCUGAACAUGUAUCAGACUGCUGUCCACCGGGGAGAACGGUUAGAGUUUGCACCAGUUGAAAGAGUAGAACAACCUGAAUUUUCAAAGGAAGAGGGAAGAGAAGGCGCGCCUACAUCGAGGGACCCAGGAGACGAUCAGCUCUCCGAAUACGAUGACAACUUCUCCGACAACGACUCUGAUGAUUUUGCAGUGGAGGAAGAUGGUGCUAUUCGUGAUAUGCAGAACGAGGAACUCGGUUUCCUUUUUGCAUCGCGCAGAACGCGAUGUGAACGGAUAGUGAAAACAACAAACAAGGCUUUGCUUUGGACGUAA